UUGCAAAUAAAUGGAGUAUUAUGUAUGGCUUGGUACAGUCACACACACACAGUACACUCGACUUCAUCACUGGUGUGUGGGCCAAGGCCCAAAAGCGCGAAAAGGGCCCUCUAAAUUAUUAAAAACACACGAGAGGAAAAGAAAAAGAAAAAGAAAAAGAAAAGAAAAUCAAUCGGAAAUUAUGUUGAACAGCACAAUUUACUUUAUUGCUGUGUAACAAUCUGCAAAAAGAAGAAGCGCAUCGGGAUUGACGUUGGGGCAUCUGGAAGAAUUCUGAGAGCAUGGCCAUGCCUACCGACAUCAGCACCUUGGAGAAAGGGUACUUUGAAGCUUGUAAUAAGCAAGGCAUUCCUCCAAAUAAGGCGAUUGUGGCAGCUUUAUUCAAGGCUAAAAUCAAGAAGGCUCGCCAUGAGUUAUCCACAUUUAUGGUUCUAAUGGAUGACUUGAAGGAUGUUGAUUUUCACCCACUUCAUAAUAUGUUAAAGGAAAUUGAUGUUUCCGAGAUUGAUGCAGUUGACAUGGUAAACAGAUCUUCAUGUGGAUUGAGUGUGGAAUAUGUCUCACCAUUGCUGCAUGCUGUCAACGAAAAACUUCGAGUGGUUGAUAUCCGUGACAUCUCAUUUGGGAGGGAUUUUUUGCUAGAUCUUUCUCAACGGGGCUUAGCAUGCCAGGUCUUGAAUCUGAAGUCCUCUCAUUUCCGGAAGCUCAGUAUGGUUGGGAAAUUUGUGCACAUGCAUACACUAAACCUCGAUUUCAGUACUUCACUUUCUGGUUUUCGGGAGGACUGUUUUUCCUGCAUGCCGAACUUAAGAUUACUUUCAUUGUGUGAAACAAGAAUCACAAACCUGUGGACAACUAGUGCAGCUUUAGCCAAGCUCCCCUCUUUGGAUGAACUCCGGUUUCAAAAUUGUUCAUAUAGUAGUGAUACAGGGUGUCCUUCUGCAUCAUCUGUGAAUGAAGGCAUCAAUUCAGGUCAUACAGACCUUGGUAUUUACAUAGAACUACCUUCUUCGAGUGAUGAAGUUCUUCCUAAUUUACAGAUAAAUAUUAAUGAUGAAGAUUUGGAUGACUAUGACAUGGAUCCGGAUACCAGAAGCACAAAUGAUGAAUCUUCAGAUGACAGUGAAGUGGAUUUUUUAGGUCACCAUAGAAACUUUGUUUCAACAGAAGUCUAUCCUGACAUUCCUCUUUCUUGGAGUGAGCUUGCUGAUUUGGAGAAUGAGAUGUCUUUUGGCUCAUUGGACACGCAUGAGGAAGACUCAUUCUCAGGCAGAUCAUUCAACUCGAGUACCAAGACUUCUGUUGCUACAAAAAAGUACAUUUCUCGUAAUCCAUCUCCAAUAUGCUAUGAGAAACAUUACAGAGAAUACAUGACAGCUUCAUUACCGAAACUUAAAGUUCUUGAUAAUUUGCCAAUUGGGAAGGAUGAAAGGGAAAGAGCCAAUGACAUCUUCACACGCCAUUUUGAAUACCUUCCAUACAACAGACGUAGUAAAGACAGUGUGGUUAGCAUGUUGCAGAAACGUGAGAUCAGAGCAAAUAUUUCUUCUACUCCUGCCUCGAGGAAAAAGUGCUCUUCAUCAUCAAGGAAAUCUCAAUAUUUCUAUUCUAGAUCGCUAUCUGCUGCCAAAAUGGGAGCAUGGCCUACCUUACAUCCUCUUUCUAUUAUGGGUGGGUUAUCAAGAGAUGAAAAACGAAGCUUUCGACCAAGACAGUUCGAGUAUCAUCCAACUGACUCAAGCCUUAUGGUUUUUGGAACGUUGGAUGGUGAAGUUGUUGUAAUAAACCAUGAGAGCGAGAAGAUAGUUAGCUACAUUCCAUCACUUGGAGCUAUGAAUAGUGUCCUGGGAUUAUGCUGGCUCAAGAAGUAUCCAUCUAAGCUCAUUGCCGGUUCUGACAAUGGUUCACUUAGAUUAUAUGACAUACAACAUAUGCCAGCCACGAGUAGAGGAAUGCAUCAGAGUCGUGGUAAUGUCAUCUUUGAUGAGUUUGACCAAUUGACAUCUGUUCAUGUCAACUCAACAGAUGAACUAUUUCUUGCAAGUGGAUACUCUAAAAAUGUUGCUUUAUAUGAUAUUAGUAGUGGAAAACGUUUGCAAGAUUUUGCUGAUAUGCAUCGAGAGCAUAUUAAUGUAGUCAAGUUCUCGAACCAUUCUCCAUCUCUUUUUGCCACUUCAUCUUUCGAUCAGAAUGUUAAGAUGUGGGAUAUAAGACAAAAGCCAAAUCUGCCUUGUUAUACGGCUUCAAGCUCCCGUGGAAAUGUGAUGGUCUGCUUUUCCCCUGAUGAUCAUUAUCUUCUCGUUUCAGCUGUUGACAAUGAGGUGAGACAACUACUGGCUGUUGAUGGAAGGCUUCAUCUGAAUUUUGGUAUUGCUUCUACUGGAAGCUCUCAGAAUUAUACUCGGUCAUACUACAUGAAUGGAAGAGAUUACGUAAUAAGUGGAAGUUGUGAUGAACAUGUGGUCCGUGUUUGUUGUGCUAAUACAGGGAGGCGACUCAGGGACGUAUCAUUGGAGGGUAAAGGGGCAGGCUCAUCAAUGUUUGUCCAAUCUUUGAGGGGUGAUCCUUUCAGGGAUUUUAACAUGAGUGUUUUGGCUGCUUAUAUACGACCAAGCUCAAAUUCAGAAAUUGUGAAGGUUAAUCUUCUUGCAUCAGGUGACAACGACAAAUCGAAUUCUUACAAGCAACAAUCUCACUCAGUUACUGGUAUGGGAGGUUGAUCUGUUGUACGUUUAGUCCUAGUUUUGAUCUUUGAUCUGUAUCGCCUCGAUUCAUGUUGAGGGCUCAUACUUCAUACUCUGCAUAGGAGACUAUGCUGUAAAUAUGUAUGCCAAAAUAUUGUUUCUCAAUUCUCAUAAAUUGGAGCACUAAAAUCUUUAUACGAUUAUAUUGGUAAAUUAUAUGAAUAUAUAUAUA